AUGGAUGAUGAACAGCUGCGUCGACUUAUAUCGUCUCUUUCAAUCCUCUCGAAUCAUGGAUCUUUUCCAUUGCACACGUUCAGUGUAUUAGCAAGUGCGGCACCGCCAGAUAAACUCGCUGAGCAAUUGCAUCAACGAUGGUUAUCUGAGGAGUCAUUCGCAACAAUCGCCGCCGUUGCUGUACUGCAUGUUCAUCAUCUCGGAGAAAUCAGUGAUUCAGCGCUAUGGUCAUGUUGUUUGGCACAUUUACUUUCCGAUUACCGUUCACGAUACAAUUUACGCAAAAAGAAUCCACUUCUGUUCAGAAACAACGUACGAACACUUCUCAAAAUGUAUCCGGUAUUUCGUGAGAUUGAUGCGGUGGUAAGUGAGAGUUUGAUAAAGCCAAUAUUUAUGUCACUUAAUAUGUUGAUGGACGAAGAGGCGGACGAUAAAGACGUUCAGGUUUAUCCAUUUCCUUUAGCAAUGGUAUCGUUAGUCUUAGAAGAUGGCUCAUUAUUACAUAAACUAAGGCCAAACGAAUGCGAUAAACUCGUUUUGAUGGCACGUCAUUGCCUUUGUGAGAAAACACUCAAUGCGGAGAGUCGAAGAGGGCUUUUGAAUAUAAUUGAUCUGUGGACGUAUGGCUGGGACAUGGAAAUGUUUCCGGAUUACGUAAUGAAAUUUUAUGAGGGAUCAGAAACGAAGGAAAAUGUAGAAACUGCAAAAAGAAAGGUGAAUAAUGUCGCCUCGGAGACUAAGAUACAAGAACAACUACAAAACGAGGAUGUACGAAGUCAUCACAGCUACGAUACAAUUGAUUGGGAUCAUGAGAGUGUUGUUUGA